GAUUGCAGCACGAUGGCUCUCGAUGGUGUGCCUCAAUCACAAAGUAUGGAUACGAGGAGCAUCGACCAGAGUCGGUCAAGCAAAGCCAGCGCCUUUGACUUCUGCCCCGCAGCCGCUUUCCGUCGGCACAUAUUUAGGCCCCACGUCCUGGAAGCGCGACUGACGCAGCACACCUCAUGUUCGAUCCGACGCUCGGCGGAGCAAAAUUGGGAGCGGAAGAUGAAGUGCAAUUGCACAGCUUCGAAUCUGCCGAUCAGUUCUUUAGCGUGCUCUCUGACUUUUUGAGUCAGAACGAGAAGGCGUCAAGAUCUGUGACUGGAGCGAAGGCGAGCGGAGGGGAAGAGAAUUUGAGUAGGCUGGUCGCUAUCCAGGCACGAGUCAAAGGAGGCGCCGAGUACCUGCUGGCGCUGUCGAUCGACUUAGCAUCUGAGGCAAGGGAUUGGAGCACCGGUCCAGGUCUGGGGACGUUUCUUGAGCAAUAUCAAGAACAAUCAUACCUCCUCGACCCGUACCUGGACCGGAUUGUGACGCCAACGGUCCACCAAUUUCAGAGCCUCGUGAGGAGGCGCUACGAUGCGGACACUUUCCAGGAUGGGCUUGCUGAAGACGUCAAACGUCUAGACGAAGUCUCGAAGCUGUUGUAUAUCUUCACCAAAAUUCGAGGUUACAAGACCAUAGUCCGCUUCUUUCCUCACUCCGUUCAAGACCUGCAUCCUGCCCUGCAAUUCUUGGAAGGCGAGACUGACAUCUCUGGAGAUGCCAGCAAAACAUUGUCACAAGCUGAACCUCCACGUACAGGCGCCUCUUGGGAGCUGAGGUACGCGCUGUUGCUUUGGCUUAGCUUGGUCUGCAUGAUUCCAUUUGAUUUGCAAAAGUUCGAUCAAGGGGCCACGAGCAACAAGAACCCCUCAGGCGGCAUCGAGGGAGCUUCAGAGAGAGCUGGUAUUGUUUCAAGGCUCGUGGACGUAAGCACAGCCUUCAUUAGCGCUCCUGGUAAAGAGCGCGAAGCAGCUGCCGUACUGCUGGGCAAGCUGUUUCAGAGGCGCGAUGCGGCCUCUAGCCAUCUCCCUACAUACCUAAGCUGGUGCUAUGCAACACUGCUCCCACCCGCUCAACCCUCUGCACUCUUGGCGACAGGGAUCAUGCACUCUCUCUGCGAGAUUGUCAAGGUGUCGGAUGCAUCGGCGCUAGGCGAUGACCUUGGUGCAAUCCAUAGCAUCCUAGACAUUUACUCUCCGCCAGCGGGAGGUCCAACGGAUGUGCCGCAAGUGCUUGAAGACAGAAACAGAGAGGGUCUCCUUGGAAACAGCUUACUGACUAAAUACAGGACCAAAUUGACCUCGAGACUGGGACUCAAGCUGCUCAAGCCCAAAAAACGAAGAAGAGUGCAGAGAGCACAACCUCUGCCAAGGACGAGUAACUUCGAAGCCUCGCGCACCGCUGCUUCAAACGCAAUCGACCAGGAAGAAAUAGAGCAAGAUGGCGAUGAAGUCCCGGAGGAGGUUGAUGGAUGUAUCGCUCGGAUACUCAAUUCCCUUCAAGAUAAGGACACUGUCGUGCGCUACUCGGCAGCCAAAGGCCUUGCACGAAUAUGCGGACGCCUGCCAAACUCCUUCUCGGAUCAGGUAGCAGAUGCGAUUGUAGACCUCUUCAGAAUUAACGUCGUCGACAUUCUGGGAGAAGCAGAGGAUCUCAGCAACGUCAGCGAGUACACAUGGCACGGCGCUUGUCUGGCUAUUGCCGAGCUGGCGAGGCGAGGCUUGCUCAACCCAGAAGAGCUGGAUGAGAAGCUGCUUUGGGUCAGCAAGGCGCUACUGUUCGAUGUCCGCAGAGGCGCUCAUUCCGUUGGCACGGGCGUGCGCGACGCUGCUUGCUACGUGCUCUGGGCCCUAGCUCGUGCGCACGAUGCCAAUGCUCUCCGGUCACAUGCCAUUUCUUUGGCUCAAAGGCUGGUCAAUGUGGCUUGUCUCGAUAGAGAUGUGUCAAUUCGAAGAGCUGCGAGUGCGGCCUUUCAGGAAUGUGUAGGCAGACUUAACAUCUUUCCGCACGGCAUUGACGUCAUCCGCAAAACGGACUUUUACGCGGUCAGCAUUCGGAAGCACGCCUUCUUGGCAUGCGCACAUCGGGUAGCUGUUCACGAUGUCUACCGACAGAGUCUAUUGACACAUCUCCAAGACAUCACGCUCAACCAUUGGGAUCCCAAUAUGCGGGAGCUGGGUGCUCAAGCAGUUGCUAAUAUCGCGACCGUUGAUUUCCGUAAUCUCGCACCCCCCUUAGUCAAAGGUUUUUGCACGAGAUGCUCCACAGGACAGGCAACCCAGCUGCAUGGUAGCCUUCUGACGCUCAGCGAGCUCUGCAAGGCUUCGCACGAGCUUGAGCAAGAGCUUGAACAGUCCAUCAAGAUCGAGGCUUUCAAAGCUCUCGAGCUUGUACCCAGGAGUGUCUUCCGCUCCAUGGGCGCAAAUCUGGUCCUUUUUGCAGCCUGCAAGCUGAUUGCGUCAAGCGCGAACGAAGUCUCGUUGUCGAGUGCUGCCGCUACAGAGGCCACCGAGGCCAGCUGGUCAGUCAUUGUCAAUGCCGCCAUUGCUCGAUCAGACACUUCAGUACAGAUUGCGGCGGCAGAAGCGCUAUCAGAAGCCAGCCAAUUUCAAGAUUGCACCUCACGCAUCAAGAGCACGAUCGAGCGAUGGAGAGGUAUCCCUGCGGCGGAACAGCAAGGGCAAACAAGAGCGCUGGGAAUGUACUGCUUCCGAGAGUUUCCCGAGGCAUUCGAGGAAACGAUGCACUUUUUGCUCAGCCUGCUGGAUGAACAGAGCACGAGCUAUAGCCCCGUCAUUGAGACGAGGCAGAACGCUUGCGCUGCUCUAGUCCAAGCAAUUCAGAAUUUGGCCUCCACUUUCGGCAACUUGUGUUCUCCAGAAUUGGGUCAAGAAGUGUUCAAGGCCCUCUUGAGAGGUCUGAACGACUAUACGACCGAUCAAAGAGGAGACGUGGGCUCGUGGGUGCGCCUGGCCUGUGUAGCAGGUCUACGGACGCUGGUGGACCUGCACAGGACAUCCAUUGAACACCUCAUCGCGGAGAGAUCGUUUGAGGCGUGGUUGCCCCUGCAGACUUUCCACGACAUCGUUGCAGGCUUGCUCAAACAGACUGUCGAGCGCAUCGAUAGUGUGCGCGCCGAGGCCGGCUCCCACUUGCUGAGCAUGUGCCGAGAUGCUAGCGAUGAUCACCGUGCGAAAAGCAGGGGCAUGCACACGCCCGAAGGAAUGGCGAUAAUAGACCGGCAUUUCCCGAGAGAUACUACAGCAGAGCUAGCUCAGCCAUCAUGGUUAUUUCCGAGAGCGACCGAGCUACUUGUCAUUCCUCGAUAUCGCGGAGAGCUCUUGCACGGCUUGGUGCUGAGUCUCGGCUCAAAGACUGAGAUGGCGUAUCGCGAUGUGGCGUCUUCGCUUGCCACAUUCGCCCUAUCAACCACCUCACACAGUGACAAGAUCGAGGUAGAGGGCUUUGAGCCUUACACUCCGCUGCAGCUAUUGAAAGAUCUUCAUCAGCUAGCUGUGAAGAAUUACGCGGCAAAUCAGACAUUUGUGCCGGCAUUGCAAGCAAUCAGCACGCUUCUCGCAGCGGGAAUUUACGAAGCCCGUUUUGGCCAGGCGAUAGGCAGUCACGAAGCGAUACCGCGAUCCCAAGAUGAGAGCUUACCCAGCUCUGCGAGGGCGUCAGAGGCGAACGAGCAACUCCGCAAGACCUUAAACCUUGUGCAACGCAACGUUGAUCGAAUCAAAGCUCGGCAAAGGGUAGUAGCAUGCAUGCAGCUCAACGUCAACCUUCUACGAGUACCUGCAUUGCGCACGCAAAUUCUAGACAAGAUGCACCUCUUUCUGGCAUCCGAGGGCAUACCCACGCUUAGAACCUCCACUGCUGAAAUGCUCUUCGGUGUUCUACAAGAGGUGGACAUUUCAUCUACACAGGACGAGGAUGGGACGGAAGCCGAAACGAUGGAGCAGGUGGAAGAGCUCUUGUUGGAGACUGCGUGGGCAGAUGAACCUAUAGAAAGAUGUAGGGCCAAGACGCGCCAAUUGGUCGAACAUCUGAAGCUAACGUGGCACCUGCAGCCGCAGAUCAGUGCUACGCCCUGA